GAUGAUGCACAACUUCGCUUGCAUGAUUGAUUGGAAACCAAAGGGAACCUCCACUGUUUGUCGCUCUUCUCUUUUGGACAUUUGACUGGGCUGGACUGGACUGGACUGGACCAUACCGUACAAACAACCCAUGUUCUGUUAUGUACCUACCUACCUGUCUGCACCAUGUACCUAUCUGCCGCCACAAGGUAAAGGUAUCCACCCGCCGUUUUAUGCCUGUCGAAACUUUUCUUCUCUUAACCUUUAUUGCUUCUUUUCUUCUCCAUCGUCGCUCCGUCUCUUCUUUUUCUGCAUAAUUCGCCUGAUCUCCAUGAGUCUUUGAACGGGCCCUACCUGACAAGCCCGAGUCUGACUGCUGUUGCUACUACUCAAGAAAAUUACCCCACCGAUUUGUUGUUUGCUUUGUUCGCCCCAUAUUGUGCCGUACUGUUACAAGGCCAUUCCCUAACCCGAACUUUCCCUUUGUAUUGAUUGCUUGUCCACCCUUCUCCACUAUCCCUGGCCCCCUGGCGCCCCUGCCGCCAGAGUUGUAGGGUCAGUGCAGGUCCGACGAAUAAUACCUACCUGCCUUAACUGCGUGGGUAUCAAAAUCCCCAAGAACCCUGAUGUUCAGCCAACAACCGAGCCCAGCGACCUCAUCGCCGCCCCUGUUGUCGCCAGGCACAUCUCUUCCCUCGGUCUCACCAGCCAACGCUCAGGCUCAGCCUUCUCGCACAAACAUCGCCGCAUCCCCAUCCGUUGCUACUGCUGCAUCUGCCGCUGCAGUUACGGUUGCGGGCAGUUCAGGUCACAGAAGCAGCCGCUUGCGAGGUCUUUCCUACCUAAAGAACUAUACUCAGAACCACCUCCUGAACAGGGAUUUGAACAAAGAAUCAAACAGCAACCCUGCCAGCCCGGGUAGCCCCGAUUCGCCCCCGCCGCAGUCGUCCACCUUCAAUCCGCAAACGAUUCCUGCCCAGAUAAAAGCCAGCCGCCCGGUAAGCCGACUUUUGAGAUCGGUGAGCUACUCUCCAACAUCCUCACCGGCGCCGACCACUGCUGCGAUUGGGAUUUUGAGUGCUGCAUCCCCAGCAUCCGUGAGCACUUCUCCUGUAACUACUCCGCCACCGAUCUCGCCAACGUCUCGACAUAAUCGCUUCUCGCUGGGGCCCGCAUCCGCAUCUCUGUUUCUAUCUCCUGAGACGUUUGACAAUACAUUUGAUACCGCUCACCGGAGUCCGUCUCCUUUCCUGUCUACGGCCUCACCCGUCAACUCGCCACAGUUCGAAUUUGCAUCUUCAUCUUCAGCCUCUGUAAGACCAGAGCCUCAAACUGAGGCGUUGGCUACAGAUCCUUUAUCGACCAAAACCUCUGCCCUUCCUCGACUGCGCCCUUCGAGCCUUGCACCACCCCACACGAACUGCCCUGGGACCGACGUUGAGCCAGCGGCGCUAGACCUGGACGACGUCAACACUGCCGCAGGCACAAUGACGAGAAUGCGUGCGGCCACGGCCUCAGACGCGGCCGUGCUGGCCCAGAAUGGGGGCGCCAGCACAGACGCAAUGCCGUCAAUUCGAUUCACUACAUUUUGCGACCCUAGAGCGACGCGCCCAUCUCUCACUUUUACUCCCGUGUCACGGACACUGCCUACGGGCACUGAAAUCAUACGCGUUGGUCGAUAUUCGGAGCGUGACGUGCCGCCAAACGUUCCAAUAAACGUGCCCUCGGCAGCUCCAGUAGGUUUCAAGAGUAAAGUUGUGAGCAGGAGGCAUUGUGAAUUCUGGAAUGAGGAUGGGAAGUGGUACAUCAAGGAUGUUAAAAGCUCAUCGGGCACAUUCCUCAACCACAUACGGCUGAGUCCUCCUGGGACCGAGUCCAAGCCUUUCCCAGUCAACGAUGGGGACAUUGUACAACUUGGUAUAGACUUCAAAGGCGGCGAAGAAAUGAUAUUUCGCUGCGUCAAAAUGCGACUUGAGCUCAACCGUGGCUGGCAAAACAAGCUGAACGCUUUUAAUAUGACGACGCACAAGCGGCUGCGGAACAUGACUAAGUCUGACCCUAACGGUGCCAGCCAGACAUCGCAGGACUGCUCCAUAUGUCUCAACUCGAUUGCGCCAUGCCAAUGUUUGUUUGUAGCCCCAUGCUCGCACACGUGGCACUACAAGUGUAUCAAGAGUCUCCUCAUGUCUGCUCAGUAUCCGAUUUUCAUCUGUCCCAACUGCAGAGCAGCUGCCGAUCUUGAGGCCGAAGUCGAGGAUCCGGAGGAGUGGGAGCAGUUGGACUCGGAGGAGGAGGAGGCAACUGACGCCGCUAACGCACCCGCAUCCACGCAACCCAAGAACGACUCUUUGGCUGCCGCAUCUCAGGCUGGGGAUCCUUUGCAGGGACAAUCGCAAUUAUCGAACGCUCAAGGAACACAGGCUGAAGUUGUUUCUCAACCGAAUGGCACGGCGUCACAAACAACACCGGGUCGAAGCGCCACUCCAUCACACGCCACGUCAAUGCCGAUGCCGAUCCCACGUGCUUCCUCUGACGUGACUCGCAGACCAGUCCCAUCGAGCACCAUGGAAAUGGACGUUGAUACACCAUCCACGCCUAGAGAUUUACGGCAGACUCGCACGCCUUCACCUGCAUCGAAUGGCCCUGCACCGCUUGGCGUUGCCGAGGGGCCGAUCACACCGAGAAACGACGCUGGUCCGUGGGUUUUUGAUGGCGGAGUGAUAUCGAGACUAGGGGCAUCGACAACCUUGGCGUCCCCGGCCGUGGUAGAAGGUUCAAUAACGCCUCAUAACGCAGGUGGGGCGCAGGUUACCAGUAUAGACGACAUAGCGAGAGCCUAGGCAGCUCAAAGCUCUGCCUAGCAGGCAACAGCGUGGACUUGGCUUUCACCGAGACUGGCCCCCCUCCCGUUCCUCCGCCGGCCUCGGGUAGGCCGCGAGACAAGAGAAUCAGCUGUCAGCCACGAGGCGAGUCCCUCUCAGUCGCCUUCGUGUGGAGAUGUGACAAGCUCUCGCGCGGCCCAAGAUGCGGCGCUUUGGAGUACACGAGACCACUGAGGCAUUCGACGUAUCUGACGUCAGGUUUCACAGGGAGCGUAUCGAAGUCUUUAAAUUCGUGCAUAUAACAAUUAUAAUAUCACCUGAGAACCCACUCAACAGCCAGUCCUACUCACGGGCCCCUAGUGGCCUUGGAUCCGUUUUUGGCAGUCUGCAAUCAGAUGCGAUCGGCUCGUGAGACUGGGAGGCGUGGAUUGGUAUCGGGACACGGUUGGGCGUUAACGGGUUGGUCUAUACUCUUUUCUUGCAUGCAUUGGUAUUUUAUUUCAAGCUGUUUAUUCUUGUUCAUACAUUUGCAAAAUGAUCGUGGCACGCGCGCCGCAUGAUACAAAGCUGUGGUGUUACUAGGGGGUGCACGUCUUGGAGUGGGAGUACUACUAUCUCAAUAUUUUUGUUUAGCGUCAGAUGAUAGACCGUUUCUUCGAGACAUUACAGUUCCGACACACUCACACAUACACACAUGCUGUUUGCGGGGGCGUUCUCUCUCGCUUCUGUUUCUGUUGAAACGUUUAAAAGGACGUGUAUCUAAGUUUUUGACUAGAAAGAUGAGUUGAGCUCAAGGCGGCGGGCCAACUGGGUUUACAAACAAGUAGGUAAAGUUUUAGAAAAGAUUCCGAAAAAUUACGAAGGAGGUACUCGAGGUAGUUGUGGGUAUAGACGGUAAGGGAUAAAGGUAAAAUCAUCAAGUCGAAACCAUGACCUCUUAAUCAGCAAACUGAGCCCAAAGAACCAAACC